UGCAUUGCGCUCGCGGCGGAGAGAUGAGACGAGCAAGGGUAGCAGGAACAGCCCGACCUGUAGUAAAUGUAAAUAGAAGCAGAGCCGCACUUUACAGCACAAAGUGCGGCAAACACGUUUAUUUCUACAUUUAAAGAUGAUCAUUCAAAAAGUUUUUUUACUUGAAAGUAUCAAUACUAAGUGUAAAAUACAUGUUUUAAAUUAUCUGUGGGAUUUUCAACCGACAUCUUCUUCCAUCUAAUAGUUGAGACAUUCCAGUUUGAGCCAAAGUACUGGACGCAAAAAUUGACAUUUACACUUCUUGAGCCACAGUGGCUCAAAAUGAAAAAGCCAACGUGGGCGUGGAGGUUCUCAGACAGAACCUCCCCCUCUACCAGGGAGCAAUCAGUGCAGUGGAGCCAGUCUGUUGAGUGGUUCAUCUCUGACAGCUGUGGGGAGACCCACGUGGCAUCGUCAAUUUCCACAGCCAAAUAUGCACUUUAGUUUCAACUGAAACUGAAAUGAUUGUAAGACAAUAGUUUUUUCAUAAACCUUAUACUUCAUAUCGCAGAAUGACAACUGCAAUCAACUUUAAUGACAGCAGGUAUGGACGACAGCAACCAGCCGUCAUGUGAAGAAGCUCCAGGAAACUUCUCUCUCUGCAGAACUGUGGGACUUUUCACAGGGGACAUGCGCCUGUGCAGAAAAUGGGUGUCAAGACAGAAUGUGAUGAUCCAGCUGCUGGACUGGAUUUUACGAGGCAUGGCCCAGGUCAUGUUUGUCAACAACCCUCUGAGCGGCCUCCUCAUCACGGCCGGCCUCUUCCUGCAGAACCCCUGGUGGGCUCUGAACAGUCUGCUGGGGACCCUCGUCUCCACCGUGUCUGCCAUCUUUCUGGGACAAAGCAGGGAGGCCAUAUCAGCAGGUUUGUACAGCUACAAUGGAGCUUUGGUCGGCAUACUGAUGGCUGUUUUCUCUGCCAGAGGAAACUGGUACUGGUGGCUUCUACUGCCAAAUGUGUUCAUGUCCAUGUUGUGCCCAGUUGUCUCCAGUGCCUUGUCCACAGUUGCCAGCAAAUGGGACCUCCCAAUAUUCACCCUGCCCUUUAAUAUUUUGGUGUGUCUACAUGUGGCAGCUACAGGAGCCAAUCAUCCCUACUUUCCACAGGUGGAUAUCCAGCCACAUAACCAUCAACACCCCCGUAAUGACUCCACUGAAAGCCUCAACAUCUUUCAGCUAUUCCUGUCGGUGCCAGUUGGCGUUGGCCAGGUGUACGGCUGCGACAGUCCCUGGACAGGAGGUGUCAUCCUUCUGGGCCUGCUGCUCUCCUCUCCGACUAUCUGUCUUCAUGCCAUGGUGGGCUCGGCUGCUGGCGUGUUGACGGGCCUUGCUCUGGCUGCUCCUCUCUGGGAUAUUUACUCAGGGCUGUGGGGAUAUAACAGCGCUCUGUCCUGUAUCGCUGUUGGAGGCGUCUUCUAUGUUAUAACGUGGCAAACCCAUUUACUGGCUGUCAUAUGUGCACUUUUCUCUGCAUACAUGACUUCGGCGACCUCAAGACUGAUGUCCGUGCUCGCAUUACCCGCCUGCACGUGGCCUUUCUGCCUGUCCACUCUCAUCUUCCUCCUCGUUUCCUCCGAGAUCCCAGCCAUCUGCAGGCUGCCUCUGUCUGUGGUCUCCUACCCGGAGGAGAGUCUGCGCAACCGGAGACGACUGAAGGCCUCAGAGGGAGUUCGGCGCAGUCAGCAGGGCAGCGGCCAAGAAGAAGAGGAGGAGAAGGCCCUGCCGAAGGAGAACAGAGGGACAGAUAACCAGUCGGUAGAGGAGAGAGGCUCUGUGUGAUUAAAGGAGACGCUCUUUUGUCCUGACAUGUUCCUCUAUAAAGAUAAAUUGUUGGGUAUUAUGUUGAUGUACAUUUUUGGCAUUUUGUCUCUUACACAACAGUUGUUAUAUAAAAUGGCUGAUGAUUUG